CCGGAAGGGGACCCUGGCGGCUAACUAUGGCGACGGUGGCGGAGCAGUGGGUGCUGGUGGAGAUGGUCCAGGCGCUCUACGAGGCUCCUGCUUAUCAUCUUAUUUUGGAAGGAAUUUUAAUACUCUGGAUAAUCAGACUUCUUUUCUCUAAAACUUACAAGUUACAAGAACGAUCUGAUCUUACAGUCAAGGAAAAGGAAGAAUUGAUUGAAGAGUGGCAACCAGAACCUCUUGUUCCUCCUGUCUCAAAAGACCAUCCUGCUCUCAACUACAACAUCGUUUCAGGCCCUCCAAGCCAUAACAUUGUGGUGAAUGGAAAAGAAUGUAUAAACUUUGCCUCAUUCAAUUUUCUUGGACUGUUGGAUAACCCUAGGCUCAAGGCGGCAGCUUUGGCAUCUCUAAAGAAGUGUGGUGUGGGAACUUGUGGACCUAGAGGAUUUUAGGGCACAUUUGAUGUGCACUUGGAUUUGGAAGACCGCCUGGCAAAAUUUAUGAAGACAGAAGAAGCCAUUAUAUACUCAUGGAUUUGCCACCAUAGCCAGUGCUAUUCCUGCUUACUCUAAGAGAGGGGACAUUGUGUUUGUAGAUAAAGCUGCCUGCUUUGCUAUUCAGAAGGGAUUACAGGCAUCACGUAGUGAUAUUAAGCUAUUUAACCAUAAUGAUAUGGAUGACCUGCAGCGACUAUUGAAAGAACAAGAGAUUGAAGAUCAAAAGAGAUAAAGCUGCCUGCUUUGCUAUUCAGAAGGGAUUACAGGCAUCACGUAGUGACAUUAAGCUAUUUAACCAUAAUGAUAUGGAUGACCUGCAGAGACUAUUGAAAGAACAAGAGAUUGAAGAUCAAAAGAGAUAAAGCUGCCUGCUUUGCUAUUCAGAAGGGAUUACAGGCAUCACGUAGUGACAUUAAGCUAUUUAACCAUAAUGAUAUGGAUGACCUGCAGCGACUAUUGAAAGAACAAGAGAUUGAAGAUCAAAAGGUAUGAUUCGGGCUUCCCUGGUGGUGCAGUGGUUGAGAAUCUGCCUGCCAAUGCACGGGACACGGGUUCGAGCCCUGGUCUGGGAAGAUCCCACAUGCCGCGGAGCAACUAGGCCCGUGAGCCACAACUACUGAGCCUGCGCGUCCGGAGCCUGUGCUCUGCAAAAAGAGAGGCCGCGAUAGAGGCCCGCGCACCGCGAUGAGGACUGGCCCCCGCUUGCCGCAACUAGAGAAAGCCCUCGCGUGGAAACGAAGACCCAACACAGCCAAAAAUAAAUAAAUAAAUAAAUAAAUUAAAAAAAAAAAAAGAAUCCUCGCAAGGCUCGUGUAACUCGACGUUUCAUUGUAGUCGAGGGGUUAUAUAUGAAUACUGGAACUAUUUGCCCUCUUCCAGAAUUGGUUAAGUUAAAAUACAGAUAUAAAGCAAGGAUCUUUCUGGAGGAAAGCCUUUCGUUUGGAGUCCUGGGGGAGCACGGCCGAGGAGUCACUGAACAUUUUGGAAUCGAUGUAAGCUCUGCUUUUUUGGAACAUUCCUUCAUAUAGUAACCAUGCAGUUCCAUCCUGCUGGGCAGGUUUCAUGGGCACAAGACAGUGUUCCUCAUCGAUGUGCAGGGUGCAGCUUUGGUGUCUGUCACUUCACUGAGCCCACAGAGGAUUGGGUCAGCCAGACCAGGGUCCCCAUCUUCCCUUGGAACUCAGUGGCUAAUCAUAGAAUUUGUGUUCUGUUUACACGGUAACGUUUGAUCCCAGCUUUCAGUGUUUCUUCUCUAGAAACAGUUAAAUUUGCCUUCCAUUUUUUCUUUAAAAUCAGUAAGAAUUCUCUAAGUUGUCCUUUAGAAAGUAUCAUAGCAGUGAAAAGAUGUUCUUUCUAAUAUUUAAAAUUCUGUAUUGUUAUUUGUGUGUAUGGGGGUGAUUUAUAUAUAUAUAUAUAUAUUAGAAAUACCACCAGCAUGGAUUCACAAAGCCGCUCAAGGUCCCAGACAACUGGAGUGAGUUUUUUAUGUUUUCUCUUGCUGAAAGGAAAUGAGCCUCAACUAGCCCUACUCUUAGUGGGUUUUGCUCCUAGAGCCUCGGAGAGGAACAGUGUGGGCCCAUCUGCAGAACCUGUCCUCACCGACCACUGUGUAACCUGCCCUUACCCACCGCUGUGUGGUUGAUGUGAAGGAAGCUUUUCUCCAAAUCUUGUGCAUAAAAGUUUUGCAGCUUGUGUUAAAAUGUUGAACUAUAAAAUAUAAACUCACCUUAGAUUAUUUGCAUCCCUCUACCCAUACAGACCUAGAGAAAAAUGUAGAGCAGAAUGACUAUCACACCAAGUUGACUGAAGCAUACUCUUCAAAGACAAACUGACAUUUGGCAAUGAAAUGCACUGAAGAAUUUAAGAUAAAUGGAAAUUAAUUCAAGUAAAAUUUACACCAGAGCAAUUUUUAAGGCAUGAAACUUUUAAAGAAGGAAAAAGCACUAUCUAAUUUCACUGUUCUCGUUUUCUCACUGCUUCCAGCAGUUGUCUCAGAGGUAGUAUUUAUAAUGGCUUGAGUAAGAGUGCAGAAUGUAUGGACCUUAUUUGGACCCUAAUUCAAACAAAUACUGUGAAAAACAGGCUUUGUGAGACAGAGAUACUUGAACACUCAGUAUUUGAUAUUAAGAAAUUUUUCAUUUUUUAAGUGUGGUAAUGUUUUUGAAAGAGGGCAUAUCUUUUAGAAAUGCACACUGAAAUAUUUAUAGAUGAAAACAUGUAAGGUCUGAGAUUUGCUCCAAAGAGAUGAAGAGGGCAGUAGGGGGCUUAUACGUGGAACAGGAUUGUCCGUAAGUUGAUAAUUAUUGAAUCUGGUGAUGGGGAUUCUUUAUACUUUUGUAUAUGUUUGAAAUUUUUCAUAAUGAAAGGUUAAAAAAAAAGAAGAAGAGUGCGCAGGUUUCCUUGUUGGAUCUGUGGAACACUUGGAAAAACACCAGAUGUGAUCUGACCAGUCAUUAUUAUGGCCAUCAGUGAGUAAUUACAGAAUGGCUACUGUAUGCAGGAUGGAACUUGGUGCUGGGGGCUGGAGCAGACGGUGAGGACCAAAGGAGUGCUGAGCCGUUGAGAAGGUUGUGGGUACUCAGGAGCCCAGUGGGCACAUUAGGUUCAUCCACUGCCCAGUUGGUCCACUUUGGUCAGAGCCCAUGAUGGCCCAUUGCCAUCAUGUUUGGAUAAAUUGAUUUCAUUUUUGAAAAGGUGGAAAAGGUAAAUGGAAUGUAGUACUUGUUCCAAAGUGCUCAAAACCCUGAUAGAUUUCUUUUUAUUUCUCUCAAGUACCUUCUAUGGAGAAGGACAGCUGAGACCACUGUUUUAGCAAGGAAAUGAUCUUAUCUUGUACCUCUGAAUAUGUUUAGUAUCAAACAACUUUAGAUUUCAUCUUUUAUCUAGCUCUUCCACUGUGAAUAAAUUGUCGAUGAAUGAUGGAAUGGCAAAAACGUAUAAAGUGAGACAUCUUCAGAGGUGGGCUAUGAAACAUCGGUCCUUUUAACAAUUGAUUUUGUAUGACUUACCCUUUAUUUUCAAGGAGGUAGUUUGAAUCCAGAUGUUGACAUUAGUGCUGAAAUUUUGUCUCUAGGAUUGACAUUGGCCUUUUUUUUUCCCCCUCCUUUUCUUUAAAUUGAGAAAUAACUCCCACUGUCCCUCUUUUCUGACAGAUUGAUGAUAUUGAUCUUAUCAGUGCCAACAUGGAGAAUUCACUUGCUUCUAUUGGGGGUUUCUGCUGUGGCAGGUCUUUCGUAAUUGACCAUCAGCGACUUUCCGGCCAGGGAUACUGCUUUUCAGCUUCAUUACCUCCCCUCUUAGCUGCUGCUGCAGUUGAGGCCCUCAACAUCAUGGAAGAAAAUCCAGGUAUUUUUGCAGUGUUGAAGGAAAAGUGCAAACGAAUUCAUAAAGCUUUACAAGGGUGAGUUUUAUAUAUUUUCAACCAACUCAAAAGUUUAUCUGCACAACAUUUAAACAACUUGUGAAAAAUUUUGAGUGUCACCUCUUUGGUUUUCAGUGCAUUUAAUAGGCUUGAGUCAGUUUGUCUAAAUCGCAACUAAGAAACCAAAAACACAAUUCAUUCAAAUUUGUCUCUGUGUGUGAAACCAGAGCAUCCAUUUUGUCAUUGUUUUAAAAAAUCAUAACUUUGUUUUUCUAAAAAUGAUACAAGCUCAUUGGCAAAAUAUUACAGUAGUACAGAAGAUAACAAAGAUGAAAAGAAAUAACAACAUGCUGCCACCAGAAAUAACCAGCAUAAACACUGGAGAAUUCCCACACAUCUGUACGGGUAAAAGGAUGUAAUUAGAUGACAGUGGGUUCAUACUGUCCAUGCUGCUUUUUAGAAAAUUACUCAUUUUUUUAAGUUACUUCAAGAAAAAGAAACAAGUGAAAUCAAA